GAGGAAAAAAAGAAAAGAGAGAAAGCAUCGGGUGGAGAGGAGGAGGAGGAGGAGGAGGAAGAGCGGGAUCAAACCGAGCAGACAGACAGACGACGGGACCGGAAAGAAAGAAAAGAAAUGUGGAAUAAUCCGCGAGCUGUGCGCGCGACACCCUGAGGAAUAUUUCCGCUCGUGGAGGAAAAUGUCAUUUUUGAUAUUUUCUUAUUUUUUUGUUUUUUAAUUUCCGGUCAGAAUUUGUUUGGAUUUGAUCCCGCUGCUGCUGCCGCUUCCUGCCGGGACUUCACAGAAGGAAAACACACACACACGCCGAGAGUUCCCGGUACCGGACGGCGUGUGCGUGUGUGCGCGUGAACAUGCGUGCGUGUCCAGGUGUGUGUGUCCGCCCCCGGCUUCCAUUUGUCGCUGUUUGUUGUUAAAUUUGAUGUUUUUCUAACGGAGUUCUGCUCAGCUCCGGUCACCUUGUUUUUGACCCGUGUGUGCGUGCCCGUGCGUGAGUGCGCGUGAACGCGUGCGUGCUCAGCAUGUCGCAGCGUGGCGCCCACACUAACAAUAAUUCAUAAACAGCUUUGUUUGUGUUUGUUUCUGAGGAGUGUUUUCGGUUUUUUGGAGGAGGACCAACAGCGCGCGCGCGUGUGUGUUUCUGCGUGCACGUGCGCGCCCACGUCUGCCUCGCGGCAGUUCAAUGAGGAUGGAUUUAUUUACUUUGACACGAGAGGAGGAGAUUUGAUGUUUAGUUUGAAGCCGUUUUUACCGGAUGGAUGUUCAGUCAUAAAAUAAAAAGACAAAACUGAAACGUUAAAAACUGUUUUUCUCCACAGAAGAAGAAAGAGUCGCUGCAGAUUUUUGUCGUUUUGACGGACGGCCCCCUGGUGGGCGGAGUCAACAGGUGAUCCAGCCAGUCAUGGCGUACUGAGCGGCGUCCUCAAGGCAGACGGUCCCACCUGAGGCUGAAACCAGAGGACCGCAGACUCACAGCAUGGUGGAUGCCAGCACAGCUUACAGGAUGAACCCGCUAGCUGCCCUCAGCAUUGACCGCAACGCUCUGGUGGGGGAAAACCUCCGCCCCCACGGAGGGAUUUUCUAUCAUGGCAUCCAUCCUCUCUCUGCUGAAAAGCCCCAGGAGCCUGGCACUUCUCUCCCACUUGGCUAUGAUCUUCUGUAUAAACCAGAUGUAACCCAGCUGGAUAGCCAGAAACCUGUGAAUGGAUAUGUUGGACUCUAUAAGAACCCACCACCAGGGCUGCAGAAACCCCUGCUUGUCCCUGUUGCAGGAGCUGAUGGCCUGGGGCUAGAUCGCAGAGUUCUACCAAAUGACAAGCAGUCAGAACUGGGCCUGAACGGUGCUGGCAGCUUCCUGAGGUUGCCCUGGAUCAGCCCUUAUGCUGAUGCAACAAUGUACCCCUUCCUGGACAUGGCAUACAAGGCUUCCUUCCUGUCCCAGCCUUCACCCUUCAUCCACCAGCAGCUGGCCUAUCAAUCUUUGUGUGCUGCUGGGGCAGGAAGUGGUACACCUGGGGAGGACAGACUUUUCUACCUGCCUCGUUAUGCCCCGGCCCAUAUCUCCUCCCCGCUGGGCCCUCCAAUCAGGAUCCCUACAGCCACCCCAGCUCCUGCUGUCCUUUCACCCCUGCCUCAAUGCCAGGACAAGGCCUUACAGGGCAUUGGUCCUCAGGUACAACAGGAACCCUCUGCCUUCAGCACCAGUCCACAGAUCCGUCAGGAGCACCAGUCUCACCAUACUGAACGGCAACAUGGCAGCAGUAGCAGUGGUGCUAAGUCUAGCCAGCCCUCUUCCACCAAGAGCAGCAGCAGCAGCAGUGGUGGAAGCACCAGUACCCCUGUUAACAGUUCAGCUAGCACUGCUGACAUGACUGAGUCACCCCCCGUUAGCCAUACUCCAUGCUCUGUUCCCCCACCCCAGCCCCUCAGCAACACCACCACAGACCUCCAGAAGUCCCUUUACAGAAGCACCUCUUCAUCAUCAACCUCACUGUCAGUGUCUCACCCCUUUUACGUGGGUAAUCCGAGCUCUGAACACCGCUCUCCCAUGCACUCAGGCAGCAACAAAACCAAAGAUGCCAGCUCAGACCACUGUAGUGCAGAGAAGUGUAUAUCAUCUGCAAAGACAUCACUGGACAGAGCUAUACCUCAGAGGUCUGGCAAAAACCCUGGAGAAAAACCUUUGGAUCUGUCUGCCAAAGAGCUGGAAGGAUUUGCAAAUGGAUUCCCAUCCAAGUUAGAGGCCCUGGCCAAAUUGGGGUAUUUACCUCCUUCUCGUUAUGGGCUGCUGGUUAAUCAGGACCAACACUUAAAAGAAGGUCUGCCCCCACCUGUUAGCACAUCAGCAAAGACUCCAGAUCGUCCUGAAAUGAUCAGCACUGUGCCCUCUCCGUGGGUUGUUCCGGGUCCUUCCCCAGCUGUCAGCUCAGACCACAGCAGAGGCUCCCAAAUAAUUAAAAACAAAAGUGGAGACAAUAUUCCUCAUCAACCACAGCCUCAAAGCUCUCCUGGUUCCACACCAGUUGAAAUGAACAGUAGUCCCAGUCCUGCCUCAGGAGGAAGACCUUCUGCAACAUCCCCUUCCCCAAAGUCUAAAAUUGAAUGGCCAAGAGUCCCCACUACUGAUUUGGAGAAAGGUCCUCCAAACAGCAAAGGAGAAACUCGCACAUGUUCUGGAAAACCAACAAUAACUCCUGCUAAGCCAGACACUCAGGAGAGCCAACCUCAUCCACAGCAACAGCAGCAGUCUCGUGUGGAAAACGGAAACACCUCCGGCCAAAUGUUUGGUGACUCCUACCUUCCUCCUGGCUUAGGUUACACUAAUCGCUACAUCCCGUAUUCAGUUGCUGAGAAUAUGUCCCUGCAACGCAUGUCCAUACCAGGCAAAGGGCCUGUCUACCCCCACCCAGUCUUGCUUGGUAGCAGUAGCUUUUACCCACCACACAUUGCCCCAAAACAUGGUAUUCCAUAUGGAGUACAUCCAUAUCAGAAUUCCCAGGACUUGGCCCCAACACCAAUGUCAUCCUUCCCAGGUCUAAACACCAAAGACCGACUUGAAAACAGAUCUAAGAGCCAGGAUAAACCCUUGAAUGCAAAAUUGCACAGGAACCAGGAAAGGCCGGAUGCUGACAGCUCCCACAAGAGUGACAAUGACAGAGAUAAGCCCACAAAUCAAACCAUGAAGGCCUCUGGAAAAAGUGUCACUGCUGUCAGAGAUGACAUAGUUUGUAUUGACCUGGUGCAUGAUGAGGCUGAUGAUUUGGCCACCAAUAAACAAAACUCCCCAACUACCAGAGCAGAAGAUUCCUCUAAGCCAGGUGGCAGUGGUUGUAACCAUAUUCCCGAAAAAGAGCCAUGGCCUCCAAAGGUCCUCCCUCCCAGUCAGGCUGCAGAGCAGAGGCCAGGCUCACUACCCCAGACUUCCCAACCAAAACCCCCUCAUCACAUUUCUUCUUCAUCUCCUCCUACUAAAGAGGAGAACCUAGAGGAGAUACCAGAGGAGGAGGAACCAGUUAGUCCAUUCCCAGACAUCCCAGAGGAGCAGACAAUGCGUUGUGCCAGAACCUCUCCACAGCAGUUUUCAAGAAAAUGUAAAACUGGAGCCCCUGGUGGUGCUGGGGACUUCAUAAGGGGUGGAACUAGUGGUGGGAAUAAUGAUUUUGAUGGGAAGAGUGGUAGUGAUGAGGCUAAGUCAGAGGGCUCGGUCAGUAAAAAGGCUGAACCUGAGCAAAGCUUUUCCAGAAACAGCAACUUGGGUACUGGAAGCAAAGAAAACAAUUCUAGCAACAUAAUGGGAGUAGUAUGUACAGUCACCAGCCCCAGCCCAAAGAGUCCAAUUUAUGGGGGCAACUGUAAUUCAGAUAGUCCAGUUUGCACCAGUAAAGGUUUAGCAUGUAGAGAUUUCAGUCCCCAGGUCCCUGCUUGUAGGAGUUUUAAUCCCAGGGUUGCAGGUGGAGGAGUCAUGAACACCAGGGCCCCUCUUUGUGUUAACAACCCAAGAGCUCCCACAUGCAACAGUGGAGAUGCAAAGAGUCCAAAUUUUGUCAACAGAGGUUUUGUGGGACCAUGUUGUAGAAAUCUGUCUAUGAGGGCUCCAACUUGUGAACCCAGAAUCUUCAGUGGUCCAACUCAUGGUAAUAGCAACCCUGUAGCUCCAAACUGUAGGAGUAUCAAUCCCAGAUUUGCAAAUUGUGAAGACCGCAAUACAGGGCGGCCACCAUGUGGAAACGUCAACCUUGGGGUUCCUGCAUGUAAUUUUAGUGGUCCAAAUUGUGGAAAUAUCCUCUCUAAAGGCCAGUCUUUUGAAAAUACUCAGAGCUGUGUAAAUAACAAUCCCAGGGUCCUAACAUAUGGAAACAGUUUUCCUCGGAGCCCAACCUGUCGGCACCUUUCACCUGGCAAUCCCACCAAUGGAGGAUUUGAUAGGAUGCCUGCAGAUUUGACUCCAGAGCUGCCAGUUAACAGAGACCUUAAAGGUGAAGGCUUUUCGUCCAAUGAGACAGGGCCUUGGAGAGAGACACCAAACUCUAUCCUCACCUCCACCGACUGUGGAGAUGGGAAGAAAGACAUCCAGGAAAACAUGGAUCUCCUGGCAGAUGACGACGACAGCCCCGGCUGCAGCAAGAACCGGCGCUCCGGCCUCACCAGACGCAUCGCCAACUCAUCCGGCUACGUCGGCGACCGCUUCAAAUGCAUGACCACAGAGCUUUACGCCGACUCCAGCAAGCUGAGCCGAGAGCAAAGAGCACUCCAGCGAGCAAUGCUGCGCUUCUCCGAGCUGGAGCUGAAGGAGAAAGAAGGAGGACGAGGAGAAGAAGAGGAGGAGGAGGAAGAAGGGGGGAUGACAGCAGCAGCAGCAGCGGUGGCAACAGAGGAGAAGGAGCUGGCAGGCGGCCAGCGGGGAGACGGAGGGAGGGAGGAAGUGGAGGAGGAGGAGGGGAAGAAGAAAGAGGGAGGAGGAGGAGGAGGAGGAAGAGGGUGGGAGCGCUGCCAGCAGAGUGAGGGGAGCCAGGGAGGAGGAGGAGGAGGAGGAGGAGGAAGAACUCCCUCUGCAGCCGCCGCCGAGGCACCGAGAGGUCCGCUCUGUCCUCACAGCCACCUCCCCGUCCUGCCACUGUGCCGCCACUCCGACAACCUCCCCGUCCUGCGAGAAAAGGAUGACCGCUCUGCAGAGGAGGAGAAGAAUGAAGAGGGAGAAGAAGGAGGUCUGCAGGAGGAGAGGAAGAAAGAGGAGAGAGCAGAACCACAACAACAACAAAGGUUCCUCCCCACAGCCAGAGGCCUGUUUCAGGGAAAAGCCCCCCUGCCGACCUCCUCGCCGGGUGGUUCGAAUCCCAGCGUGGCGAUAAACCGGAGGCGCAUUUUCAGUCUGGAGCCUUUCCACCAGAGCAGCAUCAUCAGCAGCCGGCUGAAGAGAGGGAGGGAGGAGGAGAGGGAGGCAGAGAGGGAGGAGGACCAGACGGGAAACAAGAAACCCAAGUUAACAACCGACUCGACGCUGGACGACGUCAAGAAGCUGAAGGUUUGCAUCGAGCUGAACGGCCUCCGACUCAACAAGCCCCGCCUCCCCGGGGAGCUCGGCCAAUGGCUGCCGUCCGGCGAGAGGUCGGCAGAGGUCAACAGGAAGUUCAGGAUGGACGUCCCGGGCGUCAGGGCGAGGUCAGAGGUCAAUGGAGGCUGGUGCGACCCGGCGUUUGUGAGGAGGGACGGACCAAGAGUUUUCCACGUGGCCCCGCCCUCCUCUCCCGCCCACCUCCUGCGGCAACCGUGCAACCCCGCCCCCCGGCAACCAGCCCCGGCAUCCUUCUCCGCCUCCUCCCCCCGCCUCCAGGACAAACAUCAGAAGCUGAGGGAGAGCCACAGGGUCUCCACCUUCCUCCCGUCCUUACCUCCUCUUCCUCCUCCCUCCUCACCCGACACCCAUCCCGUCCGCUGCCACGACGACGACCUCGACAAGCCGAAGGGCAAGCGUCCCUGCAAGACGAAGCACACGGGAGGAGAGACGGCGAGGGAGGAGGAGAGAGAUGAAGGAGGGAGCAACGGCGAUGAGGAGAGGAAUGGGAAGGUUUCUCCGUCUGACCCGUCUCGCUCGCCCGGCCAUCGACCUCCCUCUCCACAGAACCCGCUCUCCGCCCGGCCCGUCCCUCCGGAGGUGCGCCGGCUCAUUGUGAACAAAAACGCCGGAGAGACGCUGCUGCAGCGCGCCGCCCGCCUGGGAUACGAGGAGGUGGUGCUGUACUGUCUGGAGAGACGGAUCUGCGACGUCAACCAUCGAGACAACGCCGGGUACUGCGCCCUGCACGAAGCCUGUGCCCGAGGCUGGCUGGGGAUCGUACGCCACCUGGUGGAGCACGGAGCCGACGUCAACUGCAGCGCUCAGGAUGGAACCAGGCCGCUGCACGACGCCGUGGAGAACGACCACGUGGAGGUGGUGCGCUUCCUCCUGGCCUGCGGCGCCGACCCCACCCUCACCUCCUACUCCGGACGAGGGCCAAUCAACAUGACCCACAGCGCUGCCAUGGAAACCUUCCUGGAGGACUAUCUCUCUGACCUCCAGGGAAGGUCGGAGGGCGAUCCAGGAAUCUACUGGGAGUUUUACGGCAGCUCCGUGUGCGAGCCGUCCAGCGAGGGAGGAGCGUACAACAUCCUGGCUGACCCACCAGGACCGGAGGAGGAAGAGGAGGACGAAGAUGAGGACGAGGAUGAGGAGCAACGUGCAAGAAGGGAGGUGUUUGAGUUUGAGCUGUCCGACCGACCGCUGCUCCCCUGCUACAACAUCCAGGUGUCGCUGUCACAGGGUCCAAGGAACUGGCUCCUCCUCUCUGAUGUCUUAGGUCGUCUUCGGAUGACGUCUCGGUCUUUCAGGCGCCUCUUCCCUCAGCUCAACGUGCAGUCCAUCCCCGAGGACGAGUUCUACCGCCAGGCGUCGCUGUCGCAGCUCCUGACGGGUCCUGACGAGCAGGAGCUGGCCUCCUUCAGGCCGGACGUCAAAGACCCUCUGGAGCUGGUGGAGGCCACCCCUGAGCUGGCCGGCAUGCUCGGCUCUUCCCUGGAGUUCGUGGACAGUCGCUGGGAUUCGCUAAAAACUUCACCACCUCCAACGCCGCCACCAGCACCAUCACCCACGACCCUCUGUAAGACUUUCACCCAGACCGCCACACCUUAUUUCACCAUUACUACCACCACAGCGACAGGGGGCAGCAGAGGCUGGUGCUAAACUGGGAAAUACACUGAAAACCAGGACGGCAGAGUCUGGACAGUGUCAUGGUUUUAAAACUCUGGGAUAUUCUUCUCCAGCAGCUAAAAUGGAAAUGAAAUCGGAUACUACCAUGUGUCAUCAUCGUCAAGGAAGUAAAAAUGUUGUGGAUCCUUCUUUGGCAAAACCAAACAUGACAAUGAAUGCUAGCAUGUGGGAACCGCAAAGAUUACGAAGUAAAAAUGCUGGAAUUGCUAAUUUUGCUCAUCUGGACUCAAAGAUGGACCCUAGCAUGUGGGAACCACAAAGACAACGCGGUAAAGAUACUGGAAUUGCUAAUUCUGCUAAUUCUGACUCUAAAAUGGAUGCUAGCAUGUGGGAACCACAAAGACAACAAAGUAAGAAAACUGGGAUCAUAAAUUCUCCUAAUCCAGACAUUAAGGUGGACUCUAGCAUUUGGGAACAACAAUGGCAAGGAAGUAAAACCACAGGAAUCACUGCUGCCGAGUCUGAUGUGACGGUUGGUGCUAGCAUGUGGGAACCCCAGCGACUGCGAAGUAGAAACGCUGUGAAUUCUGACAUCAAAGUUGAACCUACCUUGUCAGAACCUCAGCGCUUGCGGAAUAAGAGCGCUGGAAAUGGUAAUCCAGCAAAUUCAGUCGAAGCUAACACGAUGGAAACGACAAAAUCCAGGGAGUAAGACUGGUGGGGUUCCGGAUUCCACAAACCCAGGUCCUUCAGUUGAUGGUAGCAUUUGGGAACCACAGCGUCUGAGAAGUAAGAAUGCUGCGAUCACCACCCCUGUGAAACCAGAUUCUAGAGUUGAUGGUAACACAUGGGAACGCCAGGGAAUAAAGAAAGUAGGUGGCGCCAGCACAGCACCAAAAAGAGAAGCUACUUCCUGUGAUACCCAGGGAGGUAAAACCAUAAAGAUGGAUGCUGCCUGGCAAAGGAACUUGGGCAAUGUCAGAGUCCACAUCAGGGACUUGGGGAUGAAAGUUGGUGGAGGUACCGUCCGGAGAGAUGUGAAGAAAGAGCAAGGGAAGGUCAUCGGGAAAGGUGCCAGGGUUAAAACAAGGUCAUGACAAAACAUGACGCAACCAAGGACGUGACAAACGGUUGACGUUUUAACAUAAACUGGAACUGCAGCUGGACUAAUAUUCCUCAGCAACAAGACAGAAUUCAGGAAGAAGAAGAACAAGAAAAUUAACAAUUUUACACUAAAUUGAAGUGUACAUGUAAAUAUUGUAAAUGAGCAAACAUCAUAUUUGCACGUCGGAAAGGACAGUGCAUCCUUCGUGGAGAGACUGUAACAGUAUUAUGUGUGUUAUAUGUAUACUGUAAAUAUGUGUCUUUUUUAUUUAUAAGUACAGAUAUCACUGGUUCUUAAAUUUGUUUUUUGUAAAUGCAGUCUGGUGUAAAUACAAUGCAGUCUCUGUUGCGUGAUAAGAUUAUUGGUUCUGGUCUGGGAGGUUGUUUGUUACUUUUGUGUGUAAUUUUGUAUUCAGCAUCCUGUUGGCUUUCGUCACCAAACUAUUUAUUGUCCAAUAAAAAUGAAGGAAGAAGGAAAAUG